AUGCUAGCUGGUGUGAAGUACUCUGUGAACAUCUUUACUACGGUAAAUGUCACUGCCCAUGCGGCUACGGCUACAUCCAAUCCGGUGGCCGUCGCCGAGUUUUUCUAUCACGUCGGUAAUGCCGCCCUAGACGGCCUUUUCGCUACUAAACUGGUCGGUUCGGUAUUCUCAGUAUCCUUGGCAACCCCUCCAAUCAAUUUGCUGUUGUCGAGACGAACGAUCGAAGAAGGCUGUAUCUCCACGGAUUGGCAUGGGUGA